UAUUUUAUCAAUGGUAAACCGGCGAUUUUCAAAUUAAAACGAUGGAUAAUAUUGAUUUUUCUGCAUUCUCACAAGAUACUUUUGAUCCGGUUCAAUGGCUUAAUUCAAUAUUUUCAUCAACCGAUGAUGAUGAUUCAUCAACCGGUAUGGACAAAAAAUCAAUAGCCAAUAAUCUUGUCUUUAAAUUACAGCUUAUGGUAGAAGAGACAAAUCAUUCUUUGCAAGAAAACUCAAUACGAAUGUCAUACAUAAUGCCAAAAGUAAUGGAUGAAGCUGAUGUCUUAAAUCAAGAAGUAAAAGAACUUCGAGAUCAAAUUGUUGAUGUUCGUACGAAAUUAAUUUGUUCUGAACAAAAACAUGCUGAUGUAUUUGAAUCAUUAAUGAAAAUGGAUCAUGCUAAACAACAGCUUCAAGAUUUGUAUCAGGCAUUGCAAGAAGCAAAUAAUUGGUCCGUUUUAUCUAUGGAUGUUGAUGAAGUUUUCGAAAGUGGUAAUGUUGAACAGAUUUCAUCGAAAAUUUUAAACAUGCAAAAAAGUUUACAAUUACUAUCGUUGAGUAGCAGUUCAGAUGGCAACCAGUUAACAGAUAAAAUUGAAAUGUUGGAAAAUUUAAAAGAUAGAUUUGAAAAACUUGUCGAACCAAUAUUGAUGGAUGCAUUCGUAAAAUCACUUGAAUCAUCGAUUGAAUAUUUUACCAAUCUAUUUAAAGAAUUUCAACGAUCCGAUCGUUUAAUCAAAUAUUAUCAUUCAUGUUUAAGAGAUCAAUUAUUGAAAGAAUGGUCUACACAAGUAAAAUUGGACAGCGAUGGCACUGUAUUGGAUAAAUUGAAUUUCCUCUAUGAUCGAAUCAAUAUGAUAUGGAAAAUUCAAAUGAAUUUUUGUAUGAAAGUUAUUUAUACCGAAAAUUUUGGAAUGUCUUUACAAAUUCUAUGUGAUAUUUUUACCGAUAUAAUUAUUUCUCUUCAACCACCGAUUGAUACGUUUAUUUAUCAAUUUUUAAAUCAAAUGACAAAUGGUCAACGUCUGUAUCGACAAAAAUCAUUGAUUGAAUUGAAACAAUUUACAAAUAGUUUUGUUAAAAAUCUUGAACAAAAUAUUUCUGCUCAACAAUAUUCUACCGAUGAUGAUCUAAAUGAUAAAACAGUAAAAUCAUUGGAUAUAUUUCUUCGAACUAUUUAUCAACCAUUUGCCAAACUGAAUGAAUCAUUUAUAUUGUAUGAAAAAGAACGACUGGAUGAUGAAUUUGAUGAUAUUCGUUCCGAAUAUGAUGAUAUAAUCAAUAUUCAUUGUGUAUUGAAAUUAUUUUCAAUAGUUCGUGAUUCAUAUAAACUUUAUUCGGAUUAUAUUGAAACUUAUCCAUUGUUGAUUGUUGAAGAUGUUAUUGAAGAUAUUUUACUAAAAUAUUUAAAUUCAACUAAUGAUCAAAAACAAUGUUGGUCAUUAUCAAACAUUGUUGUUGAAGACACGAAAAAAACUAAUUCUACAUCAUUACCAAAUUGGUCAUAUUUACAGAAAAUGUUGUUCAAAUUUCAAACAUAUGGUGAUUUUGUUAGUCAAUUCAAUGGUUUUCAACAACAAAUUCAUACAAAUUUUUUGGAAUAUCAAAAAAAUUAUCAACAACAACAACAACAACCAAAUGCAAUAAAUAUUUUUCGUCGAUAUGAUUUACUCAUAUUGAAUCUUGAUUAUAAUGUUGAACUUUGUAAUCGUAUUCAGAAUUUUAUUCAAUCACCAUCAAUACUUAUGAAUCAAGUUCUUAACGAAUGCGUUGAUCUGAUCAAAAUCAAUGCAAAAGAUAUUGAUCUGGCCAUGUUCAAUUAUGUAGAAAUUCAAUUGAAAAAUUUUGAUAUUUUAAUCGAAAAGUUCCUAGCCGAAUAUAAUGUCGAUAAUACUACACAAGAAGAAUUGAAUGAUUCGAUAACAUAUACACCAAAUGAAUAUGUUACUCAAAUUGGCCAAUAUCUGUUGCUAUUGCCUCAACAUCUAGAACCAUUCAAUUUGAAUGAAAAUCAUUCGUUCAAAAUUGCUCUACAAUUUUGUACGGAUAUUUUUCGAUAUUGUCCGAAUGAAUCUUUAGCACCAACCGAAUUGUUAUUGGAAUUUGUACAACGAAAAACAAUACAAGCAUUUCUUGAUCAUAUCCAAAAUAUAUCGUCGAUAAUCAAAUCUAACAAACGUAUUAGUAAAUUACCAACAUUGAUUCGAAAACAAAUUACUGUCGAUCUACAAUAUCUAUCGGCCGUAUGUGAAGAUCUUGGUCUAAUCAAUCUACCUGAAGCUGCUGUCAUUUGUAUACAAAUAUUCAAUCAACAACCAGAAUCAUGGCCGAAAUUGAAAAAAGAAAAUUCUGUUCAUCAAAAAUUAAUUACAAUUUUGGAAGAUAUUUUGUGAUGAUUAAAACAAUUUUUAUUGAAAGGAAAAUAAAAAGAAGGAAACAAUAAUUGAAAUUAUUACAAUUCUUUUUUUUUAUAAUAAUGAGUGUGUAAAAAUGUGUCUGCGUG